AUGCGCCUCUGGUUGCCCGACUGGGAACUCCGGGAGCGCUCGCCGUCGACCGAAAGCGACGCCUCCACGGCCAGCUACUCAAGCCUCGCCAGCGACGCGUCCUUCUAUGACGCGUCGUCGGGCAAAGAGGCCGGGCUGGCCGAAACGGGUGGCCACGACACCGCCACGCGCCGGUCGGCUCCUCCGCUCGCGUUCGCGUCGCCCCCCGCGCGCCACUUCUCUCCACUGCCGUCUUCGUCCCCGCCCUUCUCCUCGGCUCAGGAUGCGAUUGUUUGGAUACCCGGCAGGGCGGGCGUUACGCUGCCUGACCGGGUAUCACCAGAAGCCGCUCAAGGACGUCAGGGCGCCUGGCUUUCGCCACCGGCCGCACGGGCCACACCGGCGCCUAUCCGGCUCGUAGACGACGUCCAAGACCUUCGUCCGUUUGCUGUGCCACCCGGCAGGGCGUGCCGCAUGCUGCCUGUCGAGGUGGCGCCUGGACUCGUGCUCCCCAGGCACUCAGACGCCUUGCCCGGGUCCGAGUGA